AUAAAAGGUGGGAAAGAACAAAAAUCGCUUUUGAAGCUUUGACUAAAGGCAUUGGAGAAAUAUCUAAAGACCCUUUGAAUACAAUCCGCGACCGAUAUUCCAAAGAUGAAACCGACGAAUUUCUAAAACCUAUUAUAGUUUGCGAGGAUGGAAUUAUCCAAGAUGGAGACACACUUUUCUUUUUCAACUUUCGGUCCGAUCGAAUGCGUCAAAUUGUUCAGACAUUUGGAAUUUCUCCUCCACCAUUUGAAAUUGAAGUCCCCAAAAAUCUUGACAUUACUUGCAUGACAAAAUACAAAACUGAAUUCCCGUUUCCUGUUACAUUUCCUCCGCAAACAAUGGAUAAUGUCAUGGCUGAGUGGCUCGCCAAACAAAAAAUUCCUCAAUGUCAUGUUGCCGAGACGGAAAAAUAUGCACAUGUAACAUUCUUUUUUAAUGGUGGCGUUGAGAAACAAUUUGAACUUGAGCAUCGUGAUUUGAUUCCUUCUCCAAAAGUUGCCACGUAUGAUCUCAAACCUGAAAUGUCUGCUAUUGAAAUCGCAGAAAAAGUUUCCGAGCAAAUAUCUAGUGGAAUGUUCCCGUUUGUUAUGUGCAACUUUGCGAAUCCGGACAUGGUUGGACAUACUGGAAAAUACUCUGCUGCAGUUAAGGCCGUUGAAAUCACAGAUAAAGCCAUUGGAAUUAUUCAUGAUGCCUGUCAAAAACAUGAAUAUAUUCUUUUUGUGACCUCAGAUCAUGGAAAUGCUGAGCAAAUGCAAGAUGAACAUGGACAACCCCAUACAGCUCAUACUUGUAAUCCCGUUCCAUUCAUAAUGACUUCUAAAGAACAUUCUUUUAAGAAUCCUGCUAAAGGGGCAUUAUGUGACGUAGCUCCUACGAUUUUGGAUGUUGCUGGCUGGGGUACUCCUAAAGAAAUGACUGGCAUAUCUUUAUUAAAUAAAUGA